CGUAUUUCUAAGAUUAUAUUCCCGAGAGCAAUCAGUUGAGUGCUUUGUUUUUGUGGGGAGUCAAGGCGCAAGGAGAAUUUAGUUCAGUCUGAUUCGUUUACUCACUGGAACCGGAAGAGUUUACCAGGCGAAGGAAAUAGAAAUACGGCCGGAACUUAAUUUUAAUCGCAGAUGCCAUUGUUUAAAUUCUAAAUAUGGAAUCUCAUAACAAUCGAUGGAUCUUUCUGGCUCUUUUUGGUCUAGUUUUGGUUCAGAUUUCUCAGGGAGCAAAGAUCCUAGUACUGUUUCCCCAUGCCAACGAGGGUCACUUUGCGGUAAUGAGAACCCUGGUGACGGAAUUGGCCAUCCGACAGCAUACAGUUGAAGUCUAUACGGGACAUGGCUUGGGGGAAACUCUGGAUAAUGUCACGGAAACGGUGAUAGCGGAAUAUCCCUUCUGGAGCGAGUUGCAAAAACAGGCGGCACCCAAGGGAAACCUCGCUGAUCUUGGUCGCCUGCCCGUUGAAAAUCUCCGCCAGUCGUUGGCCGACGUUGGAGCCCGUGCACUGGACCACUUCCUCGCUCAGGAACCCAUCCAGAAACUGUUAAAGAUGUCCUACCUUGAAUUCGAUUUUGAUGUGAUCCUAGUGGACUACUUCUACACGGAGGCUCUGUUGGCACUGGGAGCUCUCCACCAGCGUCCUGUCAUAGGGAUAAUUUCCACAGAUUUUGGCAACUACAUGGAUGCAGUGCAGGAGGCACUGGUGCCGGCGGCCUGUUCUCCCAUUGAUUUGGAGCGGGAUCUGCCUCAGUUGGGAUUUUCCGAGCGGCUGAGCAACAUCCGGGAGUGCAUUGGUCGCAGGAAGCGGUUCAUCAAGGACCACUACAGUGGUCAGGAGCUGCUGGUGGCCAAGUACUUUAAGCUGCAACAGUCGAUACCCGAAUUGCAGGCCAGCCAGCUAUCCGUGCUGCUGCUGAACAGUCAUGUGCCCUUGAUGACCCCCCGAGUGAGUAUCCAACAGAUCGUUCCCGCCGGUGGUCUGCAUAUCCGGGGUCCCAAGGAGCUGCCCUGGAAUGUGAAGCGCUUUUUGGAGGAGGCGCGACCUGGAGUCAUUUACGUCCAGCUGGGAAAUGAGCAGCCUUGUGGCCAGUUACCCAAGGAAAAGCUAGAGGCCCUAUUCGGCUUUUUCUCUGUCAGAAAAGAGAGCGUCAUCUGGACCUGUCACGAUGUCAAGACCCUAGAUGGUUUGCCCAAAAAUGUGAUGAUCCAACAUGCGGUGCCGCAGAUUGACAUACUGGCGCAUCCGAGGGUGAAGGUCUUCCUAACCAAUGGAGACCUUCUGAACCUCCAGGAGGGCAUUGUGCGUAAUGUGCCCAUUCUGGGAUUGCCCCUCUUCCAGCACGAAAGGCGCAAUGUGGAGCUAGCCGUGCAGUUGGGAGUGGGUCUGCAGCUGGAAGAGGGUAAUGUGACGACUAGCUCGCUUAACUGGGCAGUGAAUAGGCUGCUUAUGGAGCCACACUUCCAGUUGACCAUCCGGGAUGUGUCGCUGGAGUUCAGGGAUCGACCUCAAGGUGCUUUGGCCAACGCUCUCUUCUGGGUGAACUACGUGGCGCGGCACAAGGGAGGCGCAGCUGUAAGGACCCGAGGCAUAGGCAUCUCCUCCUGCCAUUUGCACCUUUUCGACCUGUUCGUGUUCUACGCUGGAAUUGCCACUCUUGUUGUGGCCUUGCUGGCGGCCCUGAGUUAUGGUGGCUUUUACGUUUGGAAUAAGAAAAAUAACUCCAAGUUGACCAAAGUAAAUUAAGUUUUGUUUAUGGAAAUAAAGUGCAUCUUAAGCAGUUUUAA